GCUCGGGAACACCCGGGACAGGCCGCUGAGUUCCGGGAUCCGCAAGGAGCGAGCCGGCCUCCGCGCGGCUUCCAGGGUCUUGUUCCCGCGGCGUCCGGCCCCGCGCUCCGGCUGCUUCCAGGCUUUGGGUCCCGGCCUAGAGAAAAUGAGUCGUAUCUACCACGACAGCGCCCUACGGAACAAGGCGGUGCAGAGCGCGCGGCUGCCCGGGGCCUGGGACCCUGCUAUCCACCAGGGGGGAAAUGGUGUCUUGUUGGAGGGAGAGCUGGUGGAUGUAUCUCGGCACAGCAUCUUGGAUGCCCGUGGCAAGAAGGAGCGCUACUAUGUGCUAUAUAUUCGGCCCAGCUGCAUCCACCGCCGGAAGUUUGACCCCAAGGGAAAUGAAAUCGAACCCAACUUCAGCACCACCAGGAAGGUGAACACAGGCUUCCUCAUGUCAUCCUACAAGGUGGAAGCCAAGGGAGACACAGACAGGCUCACACCCGAGGUACUGAAGGGCCUGGUAAACAAGCUGGAGCUGAUGGAGCUGACAGAGCGCCUUACCCCAGACCAGACGGUGGGGUUCUGGAUGCCUGAGUCAGAGAUGGAGGCAUUGGAACUUGAACUGGGUGCCGGAGUGCGGCUGAAAACUCGGGGUGAUGGCCCCUUCAUAGAUUCAUUAGCUAAAUUGGAACUGGGGACAGUGACCAAGUGUAAUUUUGCUGGUGAUAGAAAGACAGGGGCAUCCUGGACUGACAACAUCAUGGCUCAGAAGUCUUCAGCAGGGACCACAGCAGAGAUCCGAGAGCAAGGAGAUGGGGCAGAGGAUGAGGAAUGGGAUGACUGAGGUGACUCCUCAUCCCAUCUGUAUCUGCUAUGGCUUUGUUGAGAACUGGCCUCACCGACUUCCACCCUGGAGAGAGCAGUCUGUCAACCUGAAUACCAUUUAAAACACUAUACUAAAGUUAAAUCCAAGACACAACAUGUGUUCUUCUUUGGAUUCAAGUCUAGUCUUUCCAGACAUUUCCCCAACGCCUCUUGCCCUCGGUGGCAGCCUCGUACUAGCUGAGUCUCUCGUGGGACUUGGUCCUGGUACACAAUUGAGGAAUUCCUGUCUGAAUGCAGGGGGGCUCUGAGGCUUCUGUCUCUGUUAUUGCUGUUUCCUCCUUUCCUUCCAUUCCACAGCACACCAAGGCCUCUGUUCCCUGUUCUGUUGUAGUCUUCUUAUCUGUUCUUCCCCACCCCACACCAGAAUUACUAAUUCUUAAUUUGUCUUCUGCUUUAUGUCCCCUCUGGGAUUUCCUGCCUUCAGACAUCCCUGGCUGUUCUUCUGGUAUAUGCUGUUCUCAGAGAGGCCAAUAGCUUUCCUAGCUGUAUCUAGCUGGUCCACAGGUCUCAGGUUUGUUCCACUGGGCCACACUUGUUUAUGGUGUUGGGAAUCAAAUCCACAGCUUCAUGCUUGCUACGCAAGUGACCUACCACAGCCUAUACCCUCAGCCCCCUGGGCCACAUUUUUGGUACCAUCUCUUUUAUUGCUGUUUUAUACUUUGAGAAUGAAUAAAUCUGCAAGAAAAAAUUCCCCCACACUAA